GCAGGCAACACACACACACACACACAGAGCUCCCAUGCAUCCUGCAUACCCCGGGAUGUAGUCAUGUCCCCCGGAGAAAGUCGGUGACUCAGGCUGGUCCCUGACCCAUCUCGGAGGUGGGGGUGAAGUUGCCCAAGCUGGAGAACCGGCUGAAGGAAGAGCAUGGGCAGCAAGGAGCGAUUCCAUUGGCAAAGCCACAAUGUCAAACAGAGUGGGGUGGACGACAUGGUCCUCCUCUCCAAAAUCAACGAAGACGCCAUUGUGGAAAACUUAAAGAAGCGCUUCAUGGACGAUUACAUAUUUACCUACAUUGGACCGGUCCUCAUUUCUAUCAACCCCUUCAAGCAAAUGCCCUAUUUCACGGACCGGGAAGUUGAGCUGUACCAAGGAGCGGCUCAGUACGAAAACCCUCCCCACAUCUAUGCGCUAACAGACAACAUGUACCGAAACAUGCUCAUUGAUGGCGAGAACCAAUGUGUCAUCAUCAGUGGCGAAAGUGGUGCUGGCAAGACAGUGGCGGCAAAAUACAUCAUGGGCUACAUUUCCAAAGUGUCGGGGGGUGGAGAAAAAGUGCAGCAUGUCAAAGACAUCAUUCUCCAAUCCAAUCCACUCCUCGAAGCCUUUGGGAAUGCCAAGACGGUCCGGAACAACAACUCCAGCCGAUUUGGAAAAUACUUUGAGAUCCAGUUCAGUCGAGGGGGCGAACCAGACGGAGGGAAGAUCUCCAACUUCCUGCUGGAAAAAUCCCGGGUGGUGAGCCAGAAUGAGAGCGAGAGGAACUUCCACAUCUAUUACCAGCUCAUUGAAGGGUCCUCGCAAGAUCAGAAGCACAACCUGGGAAUCAUGACUCCAGAAUAUUAUUAUUACCUGAACCAGUCAGAAACGUAUAAGGUGGACGGAACAGAUGAUCGGAGUGAUUUCCACGAGACGAUGAAUGCCAUGGAUGUGAUCGGCAUCACCGGUCAAGAUAAGCAACUCGUUCUGCAGAUUAUAGCUGGCAUCCUUCACCUGGGUAACAUCGCUUUUCAGGAACAAGGCAACUACGCCCAGGUGGAGAAUCCGGAUUUACUUGCCUUUCCUGCCUACCUCUUGGGGAUCGACAAGAACCGCCUGAAUGAGAAGCUCACCAGCAGGAAGAUGGACAGCAAGUGGGGUGGCCGGACAGAGUCCAUCGACGUGACACUGAACGUGGAACAGGCUUCCUAUACCCGUGACGCCCUCGCCAAGGGCCUGUACUCCCGUGUCUUUGACUUCCUGGUAGAGUCGAUCAACAGGGCCAUGCAGAAGCCAUACGAAGAGUACAGCGUCGGUGUGUUGGACAUCUAUGGCUUUGAAAUAUUUCAGAGGAAUGGCUUUGAGCAAUUCUGCAUCAAUUUUGUGAACGAAAAACUGCAGCAGAUCUUCAUUGAGUUGACCCUCAAAGCUGAGCAGGAAGAGUAUGUGCAGGAAGGAAUUAAGUGGACCCCCAUUGAAUAUUUCAACAAUAAAGUGGUGUGUGACCUCAUAGAAAAUAAGCUGAAUCCUCCUGGAAUCAUGAGUGUCUUGGAUGAUGUUUGCGCCACGGUCUACGCAAAGGGUGACGGGGCAGACCAGACGCUGCUUCAGAAGCUCCAGUCGGCAGUGGGAAACCACGAGCACUUCAAUGGCUCAAGUUCAGGAUUCAUCCUCCACCAUUACGCUGGCAAGGUCUCCUAUGACGUGAGUGGCUUCUGUGAAAGGAACCGGGACGUGCUCUUCACCGACCUAAUAGAGCUCAUGCAAAGCAGCGAAUUCCCUUUCAUCCGCAUGCUCUUCCCAGAAAAACUCGACACGGACAAAAAAGGACGCCCCACAACUGCCGGCACCAAAAUCAAGAGACAAGCCAAUGACCUGGUGAAGACGCUGAUGAAGUGCACCCCCCACUACAUCCGUUGCAUUAAGCCCAACGAGACAAAGAGACCCCGAGACUGGGAGGAGAGCAGGGUGAAGCACCAAGUGGAAUACCUGGGGCUGAAGGAAAACAUCCGUGUCCGUCGAGCUGGCUUUGCCUAUCGCAGACUUUUCCAGAAAUUCCUUCAAAGGUACGCCAUCCUGACCACAGAGACAUGGCCGCGGUGGCGUGGGGACGAGCGCCAGGGCGUCCAGCACUUGCUGAGGUCCGUCAACAUGGACACGGAUCAGUAUCAAAUGGGGCGCACCAAGGUUUUUGUCAAGAACCCCGAGUCGCUCUUCCUUCUAGAGGAGAUGCGAGAGCGGAAGUUUGAUGGCUAUGCCCGGAUUAUCCAAAAAGCGUGGCGUCGACACAUUGCCAUACGGAAGUAUGAACAGAUGCGGGAAGAAGCAUCCCACAUUCUGUACAACUUCAAAGAACGGCGGAGAAACAGCAUCAACCGGAACUUUGUGGGUGAUUACCUGGGGAUGGAGGACAAGCCAGAGCUCCGCCAGUUCUUGAGCAAGAGAGAGCGGAUAGAUUUUGCAGACUCAGUCACCAAAUACGACAGGCGGUUUAAGCCUAUAAAACGCGACUUCAUUUUAACCCCCAAAUACUUCUACAUGAUCGGGCGUGAAAAGGUGAAAAAAGGGCCAGAGAAGGGCCAGAUCCGGGAAGUGCUGAAGAAAAAGGUGGAUGUCCAAGCAGUCAACAGAGUGUCCCUCAGUACCAGGCAGGAUGAUUUCUUCAUCCUCCACGAGGCCGAGGCCGACAUCUUCCUGGAGUCCAUCUUCAAGACGGAGCUCAUCAGCCUCCUUUGCAAGCGCUACGAAGAAAUCACCCACAACAAACUCCAGCUCUGCUUCAGCGACACGCUAACGUUCCGUGUGAAGAAGGAAGGCUGGGGAGGCGGAGGGACCCGGACGGUGACUUUCCUGAGCGGUCAAGGCAACGUGGCCAUCCUCAAAGCGGGAGGGAAGACGCUCUCGGUCACCAUCGGGAGUGGUCUCCCCAAAAACUCAAAGCCCACCAGGAAAGGGAUUCCGCAAAGCAAAGGCUACCACAAACAGCCAGCACCGACGCGAAGCGCCCCUGCAAUCCCAAGAGGCGGCUCUCAGCCAAGGAGCUGCAGGAACGGAGCCCCGCAGUUUCCUCAAAGCAGGCCGCCGGAGCAAACCUACUGCACGCCUCGGAGACCCGGCCAAGGGCCACCGGCAACUGCUCUCCCCAAACAGGCGAUGAGCCGGCGGGCAAAAGCGAGGACACCUUCGGACCACAACCUGGAAUUCCUCAAUGUCCCCGACCAGGGGAUGGCAGGGAUGCAGAGGAAGAGGAGCAUCAGCCAGCGGCCAUUGCCAGCUGUAGGGCGGCCCAAGCCGCAGCCCAAGGCCUCGGGACCGCGUUGCCGUGCUCUGUACCAGUACAUCGGGCAGGAUGUGGAUGAGCUGAGCUUCAAUGUGGGGGACACGAUUGACCUCCUGAUGGAAGAUUCCUCGGGCUGGUGGAAAGGCCGCCUGCACGGGCGAGAAGGUCUCUUUCCUGGAAAUUACGUACAGAAAAUCUGAAUGAAGCCAGAGGAGACGGCCCUGGAGUGGGUGCAGCAACUCCUCCAAGAGAGCAAGCUAGUGGCAGGCACAAGAGCUUCGUCGACCAGGACUGCGGAAGAGGGACGUUGCUGCGAGGCAGCCAUAUUCCGAGCGGCAAAAACCUGGGACCCCACAGCCCUGCUGCUCCCUACGCCUGCAAUUAGUGAGUUCAUCAGGCAAAGGGGAAAGACCAAGUGGGCUCGACUGCUACGGCAUUACAUUAACUUGGGAGCUGCUCUGGUGCUACCGGGCAAAGCGGUGGGGGUGCAGACCUCUUUUAGGACUCAGCGUGGCAGCAGAGUGGGCAAACGGGGCCCUCCAGCUGCUACUGAACUCCCAUCGUCCCCAGCCACAAUGGGGACUGGGGACGAUGGGAAUCGUAGUCCAACAGCAGCUGGAGGGCUGCGUCUGCCCCCCCCUUGUGCUAGAGGCCCUGCCAAGCUGCCUGGGUGUUCCUUCUACAUACAUGUUGCUGUGCAUUACUGUGUCCUAUGUGGGAAGCCAUUAAACACAAAACUUGAACUGCAA